GCGCACCGUCGCUUCCGGCCUGCGUGAGUGUUGUUCUCGCGCCUGCGGCGGGCUCACGGCAGCUGUUGCCGCGCGUGUGGUCCUUUUUUCGCGAGUCAGCCUCCCUUCCCCGGGACCAUGGCCACUGACUCGUGGGCUCUGGCAGUGGACGAGCAGGAAGCGGCUGUUAAAUCGAUGAGUAGUUUGCAGAUCAAGGAAGAGAAAGUCAAACCAGAUACCAAUGGUGUUAUCAAAGCCAAUGCCACUCCAGAGAAAACAGAUGAAGAAGAGAAAGAGGACAGAGCUGCCCAGUCCUUACUCAACAAGCUGAUCAGAAGCAACCUUGUCGAUAACACCAACCAGGUGGAAGUCCUGCAGCGGGAUCCAAACUCCCCGCUCUACUCAGUGAAGUCCUUUGAGGAGCUACGCCUGAAACCACAGCUUCUCCAGGGAGUCUAUGCCAUGGGCUUCAAUCGACCAUCCAAGAUACAAGAGAACGCGUUACCCAUGAUGCUUGCUGAGCCUCCACAAAACCUGAUUGCCCAGUCUCAGUCUGGUACUGGUAAAACAGCUGCCUUCGUCCUAGCCAUGCUCAGCCGAGUGGAACCAGCAGAGAGAUACCCCCAGUGUCUGUGCCUCUCCCCAACAUAUGAGCUGGCGCUCCAAACAGGAAAAGUGAUUGAGCAGAUGGGCAAAUUUCAUCCAGAACUAAAGCUUGCUUAUGCUGUUCGAGGCAAUAAAUUGGAAAGAGGUCAGAAGAUCAGUGAGCACAUUGUCAUUGGCACUCCUGGGACCGUUCUGGACUGGUGCUCCAAGCUCAAGUUCAUUGACCCCAAGAGGAUUAAGGUGUUUGUUCUGGACGAGGCUGACGUGAUGAUAGCUACUCAGGGCCACCAAGAUCAGAGCAUCCGCAUCCAGAGGAUGCUGCCCAGGAACUGCCAGAUGCUGCUUUUCUCUGCCACCUUUGAAGACUCUGUAUGGAAAUUUGCCCAGAAAGUGGUUCCAGACCCAAAUAUCAUCAAACUGAAGCGCGAGGAGGAGACGCUGGACACCAUCAAGCAGUAUUACGUCCUGUGCAAUAACAGAGACGAGAAGUUCCAGGCCCUGUGCAACCUGUAUGGGGCCAUCACCAUCGCUCAAGCGAUGAUCUUCUGUCAUACCCGUAAAACAGCUAGCUGGCUGGCAGCAGAGCUCUCAAAAGAAGGCCACCAGGUGGCUCUGCUGAGCGGUGAGAUGGUGGUGGAGCAGAGGGCUGCCGUGAUUGAGCGCUUCCGAGAGGGCAAAGAGAAGGUUCUGGUCACCACCAAUGUGUGUGCCCGCGUACCUGUUGUCAGUCACAGCAGCCAGAGGACUUCAGGUGGUUUUCUGAUGCAACUGGCCCAGUGA